ACGCGAUAAAACAAGAAAUAAAAACCUCUUCUCCCCCACUCCCGCACUCCACCCCGCAACCGCCUGCAUCCCCGGAUCCCCGCCGCCGAGCCCCUCCCCCGAUCCCCACGCCGCUUUCACUCCCCUGGAUGCCCACGCCGCCGUGCCCCUCCCCGGAUCCCCACGCCGCCGCGCCCCUCCACAGAGACUCGCGCCGCAGCGCCCCUCCCCGGAGACCCGCGCCGCCGCGCCCCUCCCCGGAGACCGGUGCUGCCGCACCCCAUCCCUGGAAACCCCCGCCGUCGCCCCCGUCCCCGGAGACCCCCAUCGGCGCGCCCCCUAACCGGAUCCACCCGAUAACGUGCGCCCUCCCUGGAACCCCCACGUGCGCCGUCGGAUCUUGCGGCCGCCUCACGCCUCCACCACCGGCCACCGCUGCUCUUCCCGUCCCCCACUCUGGUCAACCCCGCACUUCUCCCUCCAAUUUUGGUUUUUGCAGAAGAAGGCACGAAGUUCACUUACUGUCAUCGAGGAAAUUCAGCUAUACCCUCUCCAACGUCCUCGGCCACGACCGUGCUCCAGCCAUAGAGCGCUUGCCUCUGCCGUCUCUAAGUGAUUUUUGAUGUCUGAAGUUCAGCUAUACCUGCAGGUGCAAAAAAUAGGUGUUUUGGUCCAUUUGUUUCAGUUUGACAAGUCGGUUUUCUUCCAAGUUUAUCUCCAAAAUGCAACAACGUCUGGAGUUUUAAUCCUCCAGUUUCUGUGAGAAGAAGAACGACAACAACAUAUUUCUAUGAACUUCCCAUUUGGCCACAACUAGACCCCAAGAAAAGUGCACAUACAGGAUCCUAUUACAACCAAAUAUGAUGUAAAAUGCAGAGACAAAAAAGUGAAUAUAUUCAGUAGUUUUUUUGUUUUCUUUCGUGUUUUCUCUGACUAUACAUGACAGUCUAUCAUUUGUAUUCAAAUCAGACCCUUGUUGAUGAGCUCAUACAUUUCUAAAUAGUAUGCGUUGA